AAGCUUUUGUUGGUUCUUCGAAAGCAGUGAGAGCUAUUCCUUUCUGUUGUAGACUGUCAGCACUGAGCAGUCAAAAAAGGCGAAGCUUCGAACCUCGUCAGCCAUCCUCUCCAUCUUUCACAAACAAAAUCAAAGCCCUGAGCUCAAAAGGUUCAAAAGCAAGGAGGGGGUUCACUAAUUCCUUUCUUUCUGUUGGAGACACCGCAAGAUUCUUGCCCCACCUUAGCAAAAAGAAUAAUCUUUCACCCUCUCUUGGACAAUAAAAAAUGGUCAUUCUUCCUCCAUUGCCUAUUAUAGAGCAACAUCUAGAUAGGCAAGAUCAAUCGUCGUUGUUGUUGUUGCUUCCACAGUUACUCAGCCAGAAAUGGCGAGUACAAGCGGCACCAAGAGUGAUGGUCUGCCCCGAUCCCUUUCCAGGAAGAUGACAAGGAUACGGCCAGGGGCACCAGUGGAUGGUCCUGAGGAGGAAGACAUCGACAUUGAAGAACUUGUGCCAUCUUCACUGGCUGAGAUCGUUCCAAUUCUUCGUGUUGCCGAUGAAAUUGAGCCCGAGAACCCCAGGGUCGCUUACCUCUGUCGCUUUCUUGCAUUUGAGAACGCUCAAAAAGUGGAUCCAAUGUCAACUGGUCGUGGCGUUCAUCAAUUCAAAACAUAUCUUCUGCAUAGACUAGAAAAGGAAGAAUGUGAGACAAUGCCUCUGCUUGCCAAGAAUGAUCCCAGAGAAAUACAAAAGUUCUACCAGUUGUUCUAUGAAGCAAACGUCAGGGAUGGCCAGUACAAGAGAAAACCGGAGGAGAUGACCAAGAUCUAUCAGAUAGCUUUGGUGUUAUAUGAUGUUGUGAGAGCUGUGGUGCCUUUUGAGAAAAUUGAUGCAUGGAUAAACAAAUGUGCUAGAGAUGUUGAGAUGAAAAACAAGCAGUAUGUACACUAUAACAUUCUUCCAUUGUAUGCCACUGGAGUUAAGCCAGCAAUAAUGGAACUUGCUGAGAUCAAAGCAGCGAUUAAGGCUUUGCAUAAGGUGGAUAACCUUCCAAAGCCCAGAGUUCAAUCGACACCUAAUGAGCCUGAUGACAGGGAUAUAAGCAUCCAUGAUUUGCUUGAUUGGCUUUGGCUAACUUUCGGGUUUCAGAAAGGAAAUGUGGCAAAUCAGAGGGAACACUUAAUAUUGUUACUGGCAAAUGCUGAUAUAAAAAAUAAGCAACAAGAGGAUGACCAUCAUGCUGAUAUAAAAAAUAAGCAACAAGAGGAUGAUGAUGCUCAGCUGGAUAAUGACACUGUAGAGAAAUUGAUGGGGGAAAUCUUAAAAAAUUAUGAAUCAUGGUGUAACUACUUGCGUUGUAAACCAAUCAAUUUUAUUUGCAGCGUCACAUAUAAUGCUGCUGACAGACAACAAUUACAGCUUCUUUAUAUUGGACUGUAUCUUCUCAUUUGGGGUGAAGCUUCAAAUAUUCGAUUCAUGCCUGAGUGUAUUUGCUACAUCUUCCAUAAUAUGGCUAGAGAGCUUGAUAGGAUCCUGCACUGCUAUGUGCGUUCUGUUAGUGGAGACAUACCUCAACCAGCACACCAGGGUGAGGAGGCAUUUCUGCAUGAAGUUGUGACACCUAUCUACGAGGUCUUGCGCAAGGAAGCCAGGAGAAACCAAGGAGGCACUGUAAGCCACUCAAAGUGGAGAAAUUAUGAUGAUCUAAAUGAAUAUUUUUGGUCAGAUAAAUGUUUUAAGUUGGGGUGGCCAAUGGACCGUAAAGCAGACUUUUUUGUUCAUUCUCAGCCAAGAAAUGAGCAACCUAGCAAUUUCACUCCUAGAUGGAGAAAGCCUAAGACAUAUUUUGUUGAGGUCCGUACCUUUUGGCAUCUUUAUAGAAGUUUUAACCGAUUGUGGGUAUUCUUCAUUUUGGCUUUCCAGGCUAUGGUAAUAGUUGGAUGGAGCACUGGAGGAUCACUCUCAACUUUGUUUGAUGAGGAUGUGUUCAAAAAUGUUAUGAGCAUUUUUAUUACCUAUUCUUUACUCAAUUUCUUGCAAGCUAUGCUGGAUAUAAUUCUUAGUUGUAGAGCUUGGGGAAGCUUGAAAAAUACCCAAAUUGUUCGGUACCUCCUGAAAUUUGCAGUUGCAGCUGUAUGGGUAGUAGUCCUUCCCUUAGGCUAUUCUUGCUCUAUGCAGAAGCCAAUUGGAUUAUUCAGAUUUUUCAGUGAUUGGAUCAAUAAUUGGCAAAGCCAGUCAUUCUAUAACUUCACCAUUCUAAUUUUUAUGAUGCCCAAUAUAUUGGCUGCAAUACUAUUCAUUCUUCCACCAUUACGGAGAUCAAUGGAGCAUUCAAAUUUGCGCAUUAUUGUACUUAUUAUGUGGUGGACCCAGCCAAAACUGUAUGUGGGAAGGAGCCUACACGAGGACUUGUUGCUUCCCAAAUACACUCUGUUUUGGAUCUUUCUGCUAAUCAGCAAGUUAGCAUUCAGCUACUAUGUUGAGAUAUUACCUUUAAUUGGACCAACGAAGCUGAUCAUGGGGUUGAAAGUUGGUACUUAUGCGUGGCAUGAGUUUUUUCCUAAUGUAAAGUAUAAUAUUGGGGUUGUUAUUUCCAUAUGGUCACCAAUUGUUCUGCUGUAUUUCAUGGAUGCACAGAUCUGGUAUGCUAUUUUCUCCACCAUAUUUGGUGGUAUCCAUGGUGUCUUCAGCCACCUGGGAGAGAUUCAGACUCUUGGGAUGUUGCGCUCCAGAUUUGAAUCUGUGCCAGCAGCUUUCACUGAACGUCUUGUGCCAUUACCAAAUGAGGAUGUCAGAAGGAACCCCUUGGUAAGAGGUUUCAAGUUAGAUACACAAUCUUGAAUUAUUUAUUGUACAGCUUUAUAUAUUUUUACAACUCAGUAUGUGUACAAUUAUCAAUCAGCUUUACAUUGAAAUAUGACAUAUCAGUUUUAUGAUUCUUUUUGUUGAGAUCUUUUUAUUUGGUAAUGACAUGGAGGUGUGAGGAUAGGUUGGCAGGAACCAUAUCCAUCAUGAACCCAAAAAAAAUUUAAACUGUUCAUGAUUAGUCAACCCUAGAAAAAGCAGGAUAGUUGAAUUGAGGAAUGAAGAGGAAAAAUCAGGAAAUGGAAAAAAAAAGAGAAAUGAUGCAGAAGUGCAGAACCGGGGUUUGAAUACUCUAUUCGGUUCGCUUGUGGGCCCACCCAAGUAGUUACAACAUUCAAGUCCAAAGUUGAGUGGCAAUACAGUAAUUAAAUCAAUAUUUGUAAGCGGGUGGCAAUUCUGUUAAUAGAUUGAAGCUGAUGACAGGAUUGCAAUAAGGGAGAAUUUCAAAGGCUAGAAGUGUUAUAGAUUGGGAAGGGAUAUAAUGAUGAAUAAAAUUUAAAAACAGAGGUUAAAUUUAGAACUAAAAGUGAAUGAUGGACAAAGAAGAAAAAUAAAUAAAUAACUAAUCAAAUUAACUAAAUAUUGCAUCCUUAGUUAACAAUUAUCAACUGCAUCAAGAAAACAAGAAAAGAGAAUGCUUUGGUAAUUUUAGUGUGGAUUGGAAUUGGGGCAAGGUUCAUAAUUUAAUUUCGUUUCGUUUCGGUGGUUCAGAAGCUGAAAUUUCGUUUCAUUUAGUUUCGUUUUGGCCGAAAUGGUGUAUUUUUUUUUUUUUGGUUGAUUGUUUAUGUGGUUAAACGGCUAUAUUUUAACCUGAAACUUGGUGGGUAACUUAUUUUAAGGCUAAUAAACAUGCUUAGAACAUAAAAAUGCAAAAACAUUAGGACAUGACAUUGUUUUAGAGUUGCACCUUUGUUUGACAGCAAUCGUCGAACUGUUCUGAAAAUUUUACCUAGUUUUGGAUAAAGAACUUUACCGUUCCUAAGCUUUGAAUGUGUAGAUCUUGUAGGAGUCAAAAUGUGUGAUGAUGUGGCUAAUUAGAGGCUUGUUGGAGUGUUUUUCCUUCAAAAUAUGCAAAUGGAACCGAAACCACCAAGACAGGCGAGACAAAGUUGAAAUUUGGAACGAGAUAUGGUAUUUAUAACACAUGGAAUGUAACGACAAAGGCAAGAGACCGAAACAAUAUUGAAAUUUUGUACAAAUGUUAAUUCGGGCUUUAUUUCAUUUCGGACAAAUAAAAUAAAAAAAAAAAAACCAAACUUUCGAAAUUUCGGCGAGAUUUCGAACCAUAAAUUGGGGACCAUAACUGGAAAAAGAUGGGCAGCUUUAGGAUUGAGUAAUAGAAGGUUUGGAUCAAAAUUAGAGAUCCAAUUUAAAAAUCCCUUCUGCCUACUACAAUCCUAGUUGGAUUAGGAUCAAUGGAUCCUACAAAAUUUGGGAUGUAAGUAUUAAUCUUAUUUAAAUGGAUUAAGACUAAACACAAAUGUUCCAAAUCAACCUGGAUCUGAUCCAAUUUUUUCUUUUUUGGAUGAGUAAUAUAUUAACGAAAACAAGAAGAAAGAAUAUACAACCCUAGAGGGGAAAGAGAAAGAAGGAGAAGGUGGCGAUGGGAAGCCAGAAACAAACCAUCAAGGGGGGAAGAAAAUAGAGAAGGGGAGACCCCAGGAAACAACAAUAAGCAUAUUCCUUGUGGAACAUCUAACAUACUAGUCAUGGCGCCAAGGCGAACCAAGGUGGUGGAGGGAUGUCCUAAUGCUUAGGUGAUAAGUCGCCCCUUUAGGCACCCAAGCGUUAUUUUAUUUCUUCUCUUAUGUUCUAACAUCUAUAUCAUAAAAAAUCAAUAUUAAGCCACAUCAAGUCAUAAAAAAUCAACACUAAAUCAUAUCAAGUCAUCAAAAAUCAACAUGGAGAGAAAUUUUUUUGUUCUCUAAUAAGUUUGACUGAUCAAAUGAUUUUAUUUUACACGAGACUUUUGUAUUGGGUAGAUCAAAACAACAGCUAUCAUGACCCAAACCUAGAUACAGGUAAGGGUACAGCCCUCGCAGGCAAAGUUCAAAUGAUCCAAAACAUUCACUAAAACAGGCAUAAGAAAACUCAUAAAAAAAUUCUAAGUGUCAACAAAAUAAAACAACUCAAAGAUAAAAUAUCCCAAAAUCAUACCUACUGGUGGCAAUCUAAGGUGUGAUCCCACAAUCUAAAUAAAAACACUCUGUCAAAGUUUACAUGAAACAACACCCUACUACAAUCAUCUAUUAAAGUAAAAAAGACAAAAAAAACUUCAGGUCGCCCUCGAUCUCCGUUUGCAGCAUAUCUUCACCUCAAUUAUCUGUGAUGUUAAAAUAAUGGAUUGAGCUCAACAACUCAGUAAGGGAAAAUAGUAAGAACACAUCACUAGGCAAACAAUCAACAAAAAACAACGGUUAAAACAAAUAGUUUUAAUUUCUCAAACCACACUUUUAAUAAAAACAUGAUCAUUUAAAAAUAAAUACCCCUUUUUAUCACACUUUAGCCGACAUUGAGGGAAAUAGGCUGCCACCGCCUAUAUUCCUAAAGGGAAAACAUGGCCCCUUACAAAUCACACACACAAUCACACUGUCAUCAGCCCCUUUGUGACUAUAAAUUUCUGCGGCUCAAUGGAACGCACUGCCUCUCGGGUGGUAAUUACUCUCCACAGUACGGAGCAGUCUAUUUGCCCUCAACACUUUCUCUUUUCACACUUUCACAAAAAUCACCUUUCAUCAAAUCACUUUCUUUAAAACACAAACAUAGGUAAAAUCUCCAUUUAAGAAUCAAUAUCAAUAUACAUCACAUUAACAGUCAUUUAUUAAUCACUACCAUAAACUCAUGUCUCAUAUAAACACAAUUAAAAAGGUAUAAGUUAGCACAUAUCCACGAUACAAGCACACCAAACAUCAAUCAUAUGAUCAAACCACACAUCUGUGGUGUAGUCCCACAAUAAUCCACUUACCACUGCUUGCAAAAGUGUUACUGCCCCUUUGAGUCCCAAGAGUCCAGGAGGUCCCAAUCUGAAAUUAAUAAUACCCUAUAAUAAAUCUUGGGUUCCAAAAAGAAUAAUAUAAUGUAAUUGGUCCCUAUGAAUUGACUCCCAGACCUUUAUAAAGAAUAUUAGAUUUGGUCAAAAAAAGAAUAAUGUAAUUGGUCCCUAUGAAUUGGAUCCCAUACCUUUAUAAAGAAUAUUAAAUUUGGGUCACGGUUUGGGUCCCAUAUUGAGUUCCAAGAAAAACCCUAAUGGAUCCCAAAAACCCUAAAUAUUGGGUCACAUAUGAAAAAACCAUCAUCUGCAAGACCCCUAUUGAGUCCUAAAAGAAGAACUAGUACUAACAACUUAAACUAAAAAGCAUAUUAUAUUAUUAGGGUCCCAAAAGAAAAACAGCAGAACCACGACUAAAACCAAAGAUAAGAGGACAUCAUUGCCUGAAGAGGGUAGAAAAACAGAAGAGUAGGCACCAAAAUCCCCUUCCUCUCCCUUUCUUUCUUCCUU